AUGUUCACUUUCAAGCCCUACCCCGCCAUGCUGGCGUUGGUGGUUUUGCUGGUCUAUGCACGACCAGCGCUGGCGUUUGGUGCUGGUAACAUUGCCUCGAUCUCCAAGGUCGAGGGCCAGAACUGGCGUCAUGGCGAUAUCGAGGACGUUCUACUGACCCUUCUCAUGGCCCGAGCCGCCGGCGGCAAGAAGUUCGACAAGCUCAACGUGUCUCGCGUCUACUUUGGCAACUGGCUUCGUGACUACUCUCAGGCAAUCGAUGUUGGCACCGUCAAAUCGGUUUCCGCCGAGGCUAUCCGACUCUUGCUGUCCAUCCUUGGAUUCUUGACUUUCGGCUACGGCUCAAAGGAGUUUGAAGUCACUGCUGACCGCCUUGGAUGCUAUCGUCCCGAAGACCACAUCGAUAACCCCAAGGGAUACCCUGCCCCUGGAGUAGAUGCUCGCCAAUAUGACAGACGCCUUCGUGGCCCCGUUGACGAGCGCGUUGAGCUGGCCAUUGACGAGCGUACUGGUCUCAAGAACUACAUUGCCAAUGAGAACAUCAACAUCAUGACUACAGCUCUUCACAUCAGGAAGCUGUUCGGUCGUUGCAUUGAGCUCGGACGUGACUACAACCGCAGAAAGAACAAGGAUGACCUGUACGAGGCUCUGAGACUUAUGGGCACCGGCCUGCACGCCUGUGAAGACUUCCUCGCUCACAGCAACUAUACCGAGCUGGCUCUCAUCGAACUAGGUGAACGUGAUAUCUUCCCCCAUGUUGGUCGCAACACCAAGGUUCGCAUUGAGGGUGCGCGCGGUGAAGUUUACCCUUGCGUCACCGGCACCUUUGGUGGUGUAGAUUUCUUGCACUCUGUCACCGGCGAAGUCUCCGAUAAGUUGACCCAGAAUGAAAUCGAUGAGCUCGAAGGAACUCUCCAGAACAACUCUCGCAAUGACACUAGCAUCAUCGAGGGCCUCUUGGACAAGAUCCCCGAUGGCCUUAUCGGUGGUGGCGACAAGAAACAACAGCUGCACGAGAUCCAGGACAAUGCUUCAGCCUCGCAGGUCCAGAACAUGUCUGUCUCCCCUCGCGAGCCUGAGGAGUACACUCGAUAUGUCCAGGAUAUUUUCAAGCAGAUUAUGCCCGCAAUUGAGUUCCACGAUGAGCUCCUGAAGAGCAUCAGCGAAGCCAUCGAGAAGAUUCCCGUUCUGCCCAAGAUUGUUGAGCAGUUGGAGGAGCAAAUGUCCGUCUGGGUUUUCUCGAUCAUGGCACCUCUCGUCGUACCCGUUCUUCAGCAGGUCAAGAACGAGCUUCGCACCGGUUCCGCAGAGAUUAUUCAGAGCAGCGAAAAUGAGCAACACAUCGUUUUCAACGAUGAUGAGUGCUCAGACCCAACUCACUCUAUGUUGUCCAAGGACCAUUUCUCCAACAUCCUGAACGAAGCUGCUGGCAAGACUGCCAGCAAGGUCGUCGCCUGGGUUGUACCUCAGCUCAUGGAGGCUUGGGAUGACGAUAAUGUCGACAUCGAGCGAACCAUGAACCGGAUCAUCAAUGGUGUCAUGCACCACCCGGCACAGCGCGACAUGGGUGAAGAUGGCGCCAGAGAUUGCCGCAAGAUCAUGAUCCGCUCUGUUGAGGAGUGGUGGAACCAAAUGGAUGACCGUGAAAAGGACGAGUACCGUCGCAAGCUUUCUCGCGAGGGCGUCCAGAACGGCGAGAACCACAAGGAAGGUGUUCACGACACUGGACACGGUUGCGGUAAGCCCCUUGGUAUGCACAAAAACUUUGCCAAGGGCGGUACCUUCGAGGACAAGAUCGCCGGUGCAGCUGCGGAUGCCAUCGUCGGUGGAAUCACUGGCGGCAUUUCUGACGUUGUCAGCUCUCAGACCGGCAUCAAUCUUCCUUCCACCGGCGGUGGACGACGUCAAGAGGAGUCUGGUGAGGGUGGCUUCGGUGGCUUCCUCAACAAGGUCGGUGGCUCCCUUCUGUCCGGCUUCAAGGAUGAGGAGAAGGAGUCGUACGGAGGCCGCCGUCAGGAUAAUGAGUCUUCCACGGAGACCCGCACCGAGUAUGGCCAUUCCGGUGGACGCUAUGGUCAAGCAGAGCAGUCGCGGACCGAGUACUCUGGCGGAGGUCAAUCUGAGACCUACCGUCGAUAUGAACAAGACGAAGACGGUCGGGGUAACACCCAGAGCUAUGAACGUGAGGAGCGCCGAACCGAAACUUACCAAGGUGGCUACCAACAGAGCUUCGAAAGCCGACAGGAGAGCUCCUAUGGGGGCGGCCGCUCCGAACGAUUUGAACGUCGUGACGAGGAUGAAUAUGGCGGCGGACGUCGCGAGGAGCGUCGUGAAGAGUAUGGCGGUGGACGUGAGGAGUAUGGCGGUGGACGUCGUGAAGAGUACGGUGGUGGGCGUCGUGAAGAGUACGGUGGUGGGCGUGAAGAGUAUGGCGGAGGCCGUAACGAAUACGGUGGCGGACGCAACGAAUACGAGCGUCGCGAUGAGGGCUUUGGCGGUGGACGACGUGAUGACGAGCGUGAAGAGAGACGCGAUCAGGGCCCUGACGAGCUUGUCGAAGGGGCUCUUGACAUGGCAGGAAAGUUCUUUGGUGGAGGUGAUCGUCGCCAAGAUGACGGCGAGCGUCGUGGUGGCGGUUGGGGCUUCUAA